UGACGCACAUGUUGUGAUUUAAAGGCAUCCUGCUGCCAGAACACGACGGUUAGUGACGCCGAAACCAGUAAAGCAGGCGUGUGUGCAGCUGCUCUGCGGGGGUCGUUUCCCAAUACAACCAGUUUCACAGUAGAAACCAAACCGAUACAGGUUCGAUAACGAUGGCUGAAGGCGACAACAAAAGCGCGAAUAUGCUAGCUCAGGAAACGGCCCAGCUGGAGGAGCAGCUGCAGGGCUGGGGUGAAGUGAUCCUGGCCGGGGAUCGCGUCGUGCGCUGGGAGAAGCCUUGGUUCCCUGGAGCCCUGAUAGCUGCCACCACCUUGCUCUUCCUGAUGAUUUACUACUUGGACCCAUCAGUGCUGACUGGACUCUCCUGCUCCGUCAUGCUGCUCUGCCUGGCCGACUACCUGGUGCCCACCCUCGCACCCAGAGUCUUCGGCUCCAAUAAGUGGACCACCGAGCAGCAGCAGCGUUUCCAUGAGAUCUGCGGUAACCUGGUGAAGACCCAGCGUCGGGUCGUGGGCUGGUGGAAGCGUCUGUGCGCCCUCAAGGAGGAGAAGCCCAAAAUGUACUUUGCCUCAGUGAUCAGCAGUUUGCUGACAGUGGCCUGGAUCGGACAGCAGGUGCACAACCUGUUCCUGACCUACCUGGUUGUGAGUUUCCUGCUGCUGCUGCCCGGCCUGAACCAGCACGGCGUCAUCACAAAGUACGCAUCCAUGGCGAAGAGGGAGAUCAACAAACUGCUCAAACAGAAGGAGAAGAAGAACGAGUAGAUGGAAGUGUGGAGGGGAAUUUCUGAAAGAUGAACCGCAACACAAGGUGGAAGGAAGUUGUUGGAAGAAAAGAGAGGAGAGCAGAAAGUAAAAAAGAGCCUCCUGCUUCCUUUGGUUUCUGCCAGAGGAAGACAUCAUUUUUUUUAAUUUUCACACAUUGGAUAAGUUUCAUUUGUCCUUCCCACCGGUUGACAUUUCAACCUCGUCACCCACAUGAUUUUUAUUAUUUUUUUCCCUUUUGAAUCGAUUUGCCAUGCAUGCAACUAAAACGUGAAGUUUAUCUGAUUGUCACACGUUCACAACACUGAAAUGCUCAACGACACACGCACUCCCCUGCCACGUACACAAAGUUCCUUCUGUUUCUUAGUUUAAUUGUGCUUCAAUUUAAGAUGUCAGUAAUGCUUUUAAGCCAUUCCCUCUACUUAGACAAAGUGACUACUGAAGUUUUUUGUAGCAUUACAGCAUAAUUUUAACCUCCUCAUAGAUUCCUCAGUAAUGUUUUUUUGUUUUGUUUCAUAAGAACAGGUCAUGUACAUUUUACUUUUUGUGCUUAUUCUGCUUUGGUUGUAUUUAAAAAUAGCGCUGAAAACAAAACUGGAUUUAAAGCAGAGCUCGUCAGGAGUCAAACUGUGUCUAGAUUCAAGCCUACUGCUGUACUGCUGCUAGCCGGACUGUGGUUUUAUUAGCGCGUCGAUAAAAUCCCCCAGUGUUACUGGUGUGGGAUGUCUCUGUGUAAAUAGACCCAUCCCUCACUCUGUCCCUGUCAGUCAUCCUUUUCUCUGUUAUUUAUCUGUUAUUUCCUUAGUCUCGUCGUGUCUGAUCACUGUCUUUCAACUCAUUUUGUUAUUUGUCUUUAUUGGAGAUCUUUACAAAUAUGAAUAAAGUUCGAUUUAAAUUAA